CGGGCAGGGCCGCGCCCGGGCGGGGCCGCGCUGCCUGCAUGACCCUCCGGCGGCGCGGGGAGAAAGCGACCAUCAGCAUCCAGGAGCAUAUGGCCAUCGACGUGUGCCCCGGCCCCAUUCGGCCCAUCAAGCAGAUCUCCGACUACUUCCCCCGCUUCCCCCGGGGCCUGCCCCCGGACGCCGGGCCCCGCGCCGCCGCGGCCCCGGACGCCCCCGCGCGCCCCGCCGCGGCCAGCGCGGGCCGCCGCAGCCCCUCCGACGGCGCCCGCGACGACGACGAGGACGUCGACCAGCUCUUCGGAGCCUACGGCCCGGGCCCCGGCCCCGGCCCCGGCCCCGGCCCCGGCCCCGCCCCGGGGCGGCCGCCCGCCAAGCCGCCGGAGGACGAGCCGGACGCCGACGGCUACGAGUCCGACGACUGCACUGCCCUGGGCACGCUGGAUUUCAGCCUGCUCUACGACCAGGAAAACAACGCCCUCCACUGUACCAUCAGCAAGGCCAAGGGCCUGAAGCCGAUGGACCACAACGGGCUAGCAGACCCCUAUGUCAAGCUGCAUCUGCUGCCAGGAGCCAGUAAGGCAAAUAAACUCAGAACGAAAACUCUCCGAAACACUCUGAACCCCACAUGGAACGAGACCCUUACUUACUACGGGAUCACGGAUGAAGACAUGAUUCGAAAGACCCUGCGGAUCUCCGUGUGUGACGAGGACAAAUUCCGUCAUAACGAAUUCAUUGGGGAGACGCGCGUGCCCCUGAAGAAGCUGAAAGCCAACCACACAAAGACGUUCAGCAUCUGCCUGGAGAAGCAGCUGCCGGUGGACAAGACAGAAGACAAGUCCCUGGAGGAGCGGGGACGAAUCCUGAUCUCCCUCAAGUACAGCUCACAGAAGCAGGGCCUGCUGGUCGGCAUUGUGCGCUGUGCACACCUGGCUGCCAUGGAUGCCAACGGCUACUCGGACCCCUACGUGAAGACAUACCUGAAGCCAGAUGUGGACAAGAAAUCUAAACAUAAGACAGCAGUAAAGAAGAAGACCCUGAACCCCGAAUUCAACGAGGAAUUCUGUUAUGAGAUUAAGCAUGGGGACCUGGCCAAGAAGACCCUGGAAGUCACUGUUUGGGAUUAUGACAUUGGAAAAUCCAACGAUUUCAUCGGAGGUGUGGUUCUGGGCAUCAAUGCUAAGGGUGAACGCCUGAAGCACUGGUUUGACUGCCUGAAAAACAAGGACAAGCGGAUAGAGCGCUGGCACACUCUCACCAACGAACUCCCAGGGGCUGUGCUCAGCGACUGACCAGCCCCCACCUGCUGCUGCACCCACCCCUGCCUGUCACCUGGCCCGGCACCGGCCUGGCCCUGGGCCUCCUCAGCUGCCACCAAGGGCCUCGGCCCUCAUCUUGGGGGAGAUCCAGGAUGCCUGCUCGGACACAGAGCCACCGCAGCCCCUGCUUAGAGGCUGUGGAGGGCCUAGUCCCUUCAAGGGACAGCAAGACCAGAGAGCUGGGCCUGCUUUCAGCUCCUGGGGCCCCAGAGGGCAGGAGGUAGGAGAGGACCCUGGCCUCAGCAUCCACCCCAGGGAAGGGAAUGGGGUCACCCAGGGAGUGAGGACCCUACUGGAGGUCAACCAGAAAUCACAGGGACCCCAGGCUGAGAACAGGAGUGCAGGGGAGCCUUGGCAGGGCCAGUGAGAACUCCCAAGAGGGAUAUGGGGGGAAGGAGAUUUGGGAAAGUAUUACCAAAAAGAGGUUCCUACUACAUCUGUUCAUCUCUGGCAUUAGUGGGCAGGUGGGAAAAAGUUGACCUGAGAGCAGAGUAUGAUAAAGUUCCUACAGGCUCUCACUGAACAUGGGCGAUUGGCAAGCACUUCACUCAAUGUUUCCAUGAGCCCUUGGGGAUGAAUGAGACCCAGGGACUGCCCUCUGAGAGUUCCUUGGCUAAUCAAGGAACUAGAAACAAACCAUUACAACAGGGAAUGAGGAAUGCCAAGACCUGGCUGACAUACCUGUGAGUGGCCUGGACUCUGACUCUGCUGGGAGGCAGGGAGGGUUUCCUGGAGGAGGUGAUGCUUCAGCAAGGCCUUGAAGGGUGAGUAUAGUUUCUAGGCAGACAAAGGGGAAGGGCGGUGUGUGCAGCAGGAAUGGAAGGAAGAGUAUGGUGAUUGGGCUAGGGUUGCUGUGCAAGACCUGAGGUCUCCCCUAGAGACAGAGUUUGUUAGGACAGGAGUGGGGCCUACAGGAUGUCACCCACCCCUGCUCCAACCCCCACCCCUGCUCCAACCCCCACCCCUGCCUGCCAGGCCAGCCUCAGCUCAUAGCUUGGGGGGAAGUGAUGGAAGCACUGUGGUGAAACUGAUCUUGGGGCAGCAGGGUCAAGUUCAGUCCUUAGACCCAGUUCUCCCACCUUUAAUCUUUCUCCUCCCAAGGAGCUUCGAGGAUGGAUCCUGCCUUUCAUUCUUACUAGCAUAAGCAUGAGGUCAGCUAUCAUCAAGAAAAGGAUCCCCCCCCCCUUUUUUUCAUGAAAAGAAGCAAAAAAUCCUCAUCUUCACCUUUUCCUCCCCUUUGCCCACCCCCCACUUCUGAGUUCAGGGCCAGGGAGUGAGAGGCCCAGGUGAUACCCAUACAUCCUGGCUCUGCUGGGGCCACUGGUGUCCCUUUCGGGAGUGCUGGGUGGGAGUCCCGGGCCUCAUUUCUGGGAAGGCCUGUGAGGCUGGAUCCCGCUUCCAAGAGCCAAGAGAGACCCCUGCUUGGUGGGCCUGGCACCCUGAGUCAGAUGGAGGGUAUCGGGAUUUUGGAGCCCAAGUAGGAAGCCCCAAGCUUUUCCUGCCUACCAAGGAGACUUCAAGACUGCCGUGUGAACAAAUGCGGAGCGAGGGGAAUGUCUGUUUGCCCCAGCACUGCACUAAUGCAAAACAGAGGCCCAGAGAGGGGAAGAGUAACCUGCCGGAGGGAGACCUUCCCGCCCCACCACAGCAGGGGUAAGCCAGGCUCACCUCUAGCCCAGAGCUCUGGACAACACAGUUCAGGGGAAGGAGGGAGCCGGGCUCUGUCAGCUGCCUGCCUGGGGCUCACCUCUCCCUGCUGCAGACACAAAGCACAUCACCAUCUGAGGUCUGGGGUGAUGAUUCGAAUUCCACCAAGUGCCCAUCAGCCCUUUCCCAGUUUGCAGGGACGACAGGACUCCAGCCCCCACAUGGCACCUGGCAACAUUGCUGGUCACAGAGCCUUGGGUUUCCUGUCUUCAAGGCGGCUUUGUGUAUGUUAAGAGUUUUACACGCACUCUCUUAAUGAAUUUUCACAAUUCUGAGGUGGGUGUGUCAUCCUCAUUUGACAGAUGAAGAAACUGAUUCAGAGAGGCUGAGUAAUUUGUCAGUGUCACAGAGCUGGGAAAGGGCAAACUAGGUCUCAGGCCAGGUCCCGUGACUGCCACAUCCUCUGGAGAACUCCCGAGUGCUCUCCCUCCUGAGCUGAGGACUGCUCAGCAGAUAGACUCAGAAGACGCAGUGCAUGAGGAAGGGGUGAGACCCCAUUGUGUCCUGCUGCCUCAUCCCCUAGAUGGCUUUGAAAUCACUGGUCCGGUUAGAGCUACCCCCAGAGGUCCCCAGGGUCCGCUGGGAGCUCAGCAAUCCCUCCCUAGCUCGGAGUCUGUAGGCCAGGGCUCUCUCUUCUCCACAAGGCUGGAAUAGGGGAACCGCUGGGGGCCUAAGGAAAGGGAUGGCCUGUUUUUGAGGGACCUCCCGGCUGGGUGAGCCCUAAGUAUCUUCUAGCUUUGCUUCUUGAAGGGCCUUGUUUGGAGAGGAGUCUCACCGCUUCUCCUUGAGGAUACUGAAAGGCCGAAGGGCAAGGCUGGAAGGGGCCUUGACUCUCAACCGAAUACAAAUUCCUUACUAGACACCAGGGAAACUGAGGCCCAGCCGGCGAGGGUAAGGAACCAUUUAGGGCUAACUGACCAAGGCUGUGCAAAGAGUACACGGGCCCUGAAAGAUGGUCCCAGCUGACCACAGGGACAGGAUGGAAGCUAGGUCUUCGGGACGGCCGGCCCACGCGGCGGAUGGGGCGCGCAGGGAGGAGGCCCCCGGGGAAUGAGCGAGUAGUCUUCACCAGGACCGCCGGGCCCCUUGCAGAUUGCAUUUCAGCGAAAGAAAAAGUUCUGGAAGCUGCAGUAUCAGCUCUGCCUUUGACCCCAAACUGGCAUCUUCCCUCCGGUCUGUCAGCCCCACGAAAAGACGGGAAAGCUGACGCCCCUCCCCCCACCUCCAAAAAGUAACUCCGAAGUCUGGCCUCUGACAGGAAGUCGCCGGACGGCGCGCGGCACCCUCCGCCCCGCCUCCCGCCGCCGCUAGCCAAUCCCAGACGGGCCCACCUCCCAGCCCUGAGGCGGCCACCUCCUGACCCCUAGUGGCAGGAGCGAGAAACUGCACCUCCCGGCCCGUGCAUGUCCUACCGUUUCUUCUCAAACCGAGAGAACCUCCCGAUGCAUGGACUCUGGCUGUCGUCGACGCAGACUCGUGCACUGCUUACCACCGUUUUGCUACCAUGUGGCGGCUGCAGAAAAAUGUCCUUAAACUGCAGCCCCACACACAAUUUUUGUACUUAUGUCUGACCUACUCGAGGGUGUCCUUUUUAAGUCUUAUUUGCUAAUAUUUAUAAUGACCUGUAAUUCAAAAUAAAUGAAAACGUUCACUGCAA